AUAGAACGCGUCCGGAGACAACAAUGUUCUCUUGUUUGUGUUCUGGAUAGCCAUGAGUGAUUUUGGAGUCGGCCAAUAAAGGCAAGAAGUGCUCCUGUAGGCUCCGCCUCUUCUUCGAUUGGCGUCGUUGGCGACCAGUGAGUCCGAAGGAACGGACGAAGAUUCCUUUUGCAGGAAGGCGGUGGUAGUGCAGCGCCGGGCGUCGGUCAGUGUGAGGUGAAAAUGGCGGUGCUGGCACCCCUGCUGGCCCUGAUCUACUCCGUGCCUGGAAUCUGCCGAUGGCUCGCCCAACCCUACUACCCGCUCUCGCUUCUGCUCUCGGCUGCCUUCCUCCUGGUGCGGAAAGUGCCGCCGUUAUGCCACGGGCUGCCCAGCCAACGCGAGGACGGGAACCCCUGCGACUUUGACUGGCGGGAGGUGGAGAUCCUGAUGUUCCUCAGUGCCAUCGUGAUGAUGAAGAACCGCAGAUCCAUUACCGUGGACCAGCAUGUGGGAAAUAUCUUCAUGUUCAGCAAGGUAGCCAAUGUCAUCCUUUUUUUCCGCCUUGACAUCCGGAUGGGGCUGCUCUAUCUCACCCUCUGCAUAGUGUUCCUGAUGACCUGCAAGCCGCCUCUGUACCUGGGUCCUGAAUACAUCAAAUAUUUCAGUGAUAAAACCAUAGAUGAGGAACUAGAACGGGACAAGCGGGUAACCUGGAUUGUGGAAUUCUUUGCUAACUGGUCCAAUGAGUGUCAGUCAUUUGCUCCCAUCUAUGCUGACUUGUCUCUCAAGUAUAACUGCACUGGAUUGAACUUUGGGAAAGUGGAUGUAGGCCGCUACCCUGAUGUAAGCACCAGGUACAAAGUCAGCACCUCUCCUCUCACUAAGCAGUUGCCCACCCUAAUCCUUUUCCAAGGCGGGAAGGAGGUGAUGCGUCGGCCGCAGAUUGAUAAAAAGGGGCGAGCAGUUUCAUGGAACUUCUCUGAGGAGAAUGUGAUCCGGGAAUUCAACUUGAAUGAGCUGUACCAAAGAGCCAAGAAAGUGUCCAAGCAAUCCGAUGAGAUCCCUGAAGAUUCUCCAGAAGUGCCUGCUGUUACUGAGCUCCCCAAUGGGGAGACCAAGAAGGACAAAUAGAGUCCAUAGGACUGGAUCCUGGUCUCUUCCCGUCUAGCUCCCCACCUCUUCAUUCCCAUCCUGAUCUCUCUCCUGGGACAUCAGCCAAAAUCUGCUUCCACCCAACAGUGCUGAUGCUAGGAGAUGAGUGUAACUGCCAGGGAGCUUCAGUUUAUCCUGGGCUCAGUGUCUGUCUGCUGGUGGCCAAUUGAGCUGUAUGUUACUUUGCGUUUUUGUCCCUGGUCCUCCUUCCAGGAUUGACUAGGGAUAGUUUCAGUAGAUUAGAAACAGUAAAAGGAGCUCUCUUCCCUCACUUAUUGAGGCUAGAACCUGUGAAACCUCUGGGGCAUCUAGAACAGGGGUUGCAACUAGCGGUGAAUAGGUACUACUGAGAAAAACAUGGAUUUAAUGGACACUGAAAGGGGAGAUCCAUGUUGGUUCAAUGGAAAAUCAUAACAAACUCUCAUCAGCUUCAGUGAAAUCAACUCCCUUCACUCUUAUCAAAGCUCUGACACCUCCCUCUUAUUUGAGUUGAUCUUACGUAAGGUGAUAAUCUAUGAUUGAGAAGACGUAAGCAUCAUUGAUCAGUUUCUACUACUUCCUACCCAUUGCCCUCGCGCAUAGUGGCAGCUAGACUUUGAAUGGUGUUUCUUCCUAUCUGUUUUGGGGUUUAGAAGCUGAUGGGCAGAACGAGAAUGUGUGCUGAACCUGAACUUGCUACUGUGCCAGAGAGUUAAGUGGCUGCCAUGCAGCCCCCAAGGUCCUCCUGUUCUACCUUUUAAUGUGACGCACUCAGUGUAGCAGCCAGGGCCUUUUCCCCUUGAACUGGAGGAGCAGCUGCUUCUAUCAGCCAUCUUAUAUGAUACAGAGUGUAGGAUUGUAACUUGCCAUUGCUAUUACUCCACUUCUAAUACGGGGAGCUUGCUCAUGGGUAGAAAGAAGCUCCAUUUUACCACACUCGUCCAUCUUCAUGCUUCUAUUAAUGGUCUUGUACAAUUGCCUCUAAUAAACAAACCUGGGAAUGCCUUGUU